AUGGCGCAGCCCCAGCAGACUAUUAGUGUUGCGGAUCUUGACAUCGCGCAGCUCUCUGAAGUCCGAAAGCAGCUUGAAGAGGAAUUGAAUCAUCUUACAAACUCAUUCGCGCAGCUCAAACAGGCGCAGGCAAAGUUCAAGACAUGCCUCGAUAAUGUCAACCAGGUAAAGCCUGAGCAUAAAUCGAAAACCAUACUCGUACCCUUGACCAACUCGUUGUACGUUCCAGGCAAACUUUCGGACUCGGAGCACGUUAUAGUGGAUAUAGGGACGGGCUACUACGUCCGAAAGACACGCGCCGAAGCUGCGAAACACUACUCCAGCAAAGUCGAGUACAUCCGCACCAACGUCGACACCCUAGAAGAGACCAUAAAUAAGAAACGUGAAAACAUGAACGUCAUCAUCAGCGUCCUCCAGCAAAAAAUACAAGCAGAAACGCAGGGCGGUCCGACUGGAAGGAGUUGA